GAUCAACUUUUUCUUCUUGUUCGCUGACUUGGCUCCUUUCUGUUUAUUUCCGAGCUUUUGAAGCGUUGGAGCGACUGCUAUGUCACAAUGUAUUGCUGUCAACGAUGGGCAGAUAUACUAUCUUACUGCAAAUAAAUACCAGCAGGUUCAGCUGUACAAAUCCGAUCUAUACCGCCUAAAUGGCCUCAGGCCUCCAAUUCCUUCAAAUACAACGUUGGAAUUCGAUAGCUCUAGCAAUGUUCAGUUCGUUAAACCAGUUUGCAGUUAUAAUAUCAAUCAGAACACAUUCUACUUUGUCGGAAAAUCUGAAAAUGCAACUAGGAUUUACCGGUUUCAACCUAAAUAUAACGCAAGUAUCGAGGAGAUGGAAUUUUCGUUGAAUGGAGAGCCUGAUGCUAUUGCUGCUAUCCUCUAUAAUGGCGGCACGUGCUUAGGCUUAUGGUACUCUGAACAUAACACUUUUGAAGUACAUUGUACGAGGCAGACACACACGACAACUACCCUGGUAUACAAGGGGACCCUGGCCGACUCCCGCUACAGUAUCGUUCUCAAUGACAAAGACAAUCUUGGUUUCCUGCUAGUGGGUCCGCAAUAUCUACAACGAUUUCUCAUAAAUACUAAGGCACUUCAGCCCGAAAAAAGAUUUCCUUACGAUAUGCAUCCUCAGACGGCGAUACGUAUGACAACAUCUGCUAACGACUUUCUUCUCUUUGCACAAGAAAACAACAAGUUAUACAUCGAUAUUCUUAAUGCGGACGAGUCCAACUUGAUGAAGCGGCAAGCUGCAGAUGGACCCAAUAUGAAGCUUAUUUCAUCAAGUGCCUCAGAAUACAAUCCAACAUCAGUUCAAUCGGAGAGUAUGGCGGGACUCAGCACCUUGACGGCAACCGGCGUACCAUCCAGCUCCACAUACCCAUCAUCGUCAAAAACAAAGUCAAAAGAACUUGCCAUACCUUCAACCUGGCAACAUGUUUCAUUGGUAUAUGACAACGAGAUGGCGUACUUUUUGGAAAUGCAGCCGACCUCUUUUAAAGUCUACAACAGUACCAGACUAGAUAACUUGAUGAGUUCAGGCUUUGCCUUUGAAGGAGCUCCGUUGCCUAAUGGUAACACAAUAUCGUCGAACGCUGGACCAGAGCGCACCUAUACAGGAUCACCGGCACCGUCGAGUAGUGGAUCCAAACCAAAUGCAGGGGCCAUCGCCGGUGGGGUCAUUGGUGGUGUUGUUGCAAUUGCCCUGAUUGCGGGUCUAUUCUUCUUCUGCCGCCGCCGUCGCAGACAUUCAUUCAGUAAAGCAGCCAAAGGUGAAUCCAUGAAACUUGCUCCAUCCAGUCAAAACUUUAUCGCUUCCAGAGACAUUGAAUCAACUUUUAUUUUGGAUGAAAGUGAAAAUUUGUCCGAAAAGGUUCCAAACGCUCCUUGGCAUCAAACAUGGCUCAAAGAACCACCAGGUGUAACUCAUCUAACGACUAAUCCCGGUGACCGGCCCACGUAUGAACCCAAUGCACCAGCUCAUACAACAUUCAUGAAUGCAUCGUUUGAACUGUCGGAAGCGCCCCCUGUUUAUGAGGCCGUUUACGCUAUACGUCAAUGCUCUGGCAAUAAGCAGCCUUACACGGUUCACUAUUUUACGCAAGACAAUCGAGACGCUUUCAUUCGAUCCGUUACAUCCGCUCAAAUAUUGAGUUCACCUCGUAUUAUCGAACAUCAUAUGGCCAUCGCUUUGGACCAGCCAACCCCCAAAGGUUACCAGUACUUGUGGCUCACUUCGACCGUUUUCCCGCAUCAAUCACUGCGCCAUUUCUUGUUUGAAAGCACCGUUCGUGCUAUCGACCCAUCCCGAUUCGUUUUCCAAUCUUGGUCCGUAUAUUCCAUACUGAAUGCUAUAGGCGAAAUGCAUGCUCAAGGACGCGUCCAUAUGAAUCUAAACCUCGACAGCUUCUUCUACGAAAAGCCAAGUACCAUUACGGAGUGGCAUCUUACUGGGCUUCAGCAGUCCUGCAGAAUAGGGGAAACCAUAAAACUUACUUCCGUAGACGUCAAUGCCGCUCCGGAAAUCAGCACCCAUAGUGGAGUUGUAGCUCACCCGGCCAUGGACAUUUGGGCCCUCGGUUGCAUUGUUUACUGUAUCGCGACGCAGCGUCCAUUAUUCGACAGCAUUCAGCAGAGAACAAGUUUAUUUGCUAAUCCCGCACAGUUGAAUACGCAUAUUGAUAAUGCCAUUGCCGUAGCGUCCCAGGUUCAUCCUUCGUAUCAGCGGUUAUUGGCAGUCAUGCUUCAACCGUUACAUUCCGAUCGUCAAACUAUCAACCAGUUGGCGAGUUACUGGGCGAAAGCAAAUGAAUUAUACGAGGACGAUUUCGAGAAUAUCAAAAUACUAGUUUUCCCCUACUGUAUGUCUGGAAGUAAAUGUUGAUAUUCUAAAGACUAGCGAAAGGAUCCAACGUAAAACCCUGCCUGCUGCCUGCCUGCUUGGCAAUUUGUUGAAAGUGCGC